AUGUUUGUGAUUAUUUUCAUCAUUUUAGGAUUUCAAAGCGUUUUUGGGCAUCCUUCGUACGUGUCGUUGUUGAUGCAAUCACGAUGUCUCGAAGUUCAUUCCUUGGAAGCUCAUCAAAAAUGCGAAUUUGUGAAGAAAACGGAUGAUUGUCAUAUCGAAGCAAGACUUUUUUAUUACUCAAACUUCGUUUAUUGUGCCUUUGGGGAGUUUGCGGAGACGAGAUUUGGACAAAUUUUGAAUCAAAUUGGACUGAUUCUUUGGUGUGUGUUGCUUUUCUUGAUUUUGUCGGUUGUGUCGGAUUCGUUCUUCUGUCCCGGCUUAGCAAGCAUCUCAAAAAUGUUCCGCUUAUCCGAAAACAUCGCCGGCGUAACUUUACUUGCUUUUGGCAAUGGCGCUCCCAACUUUUCCGGUUCAAUUUUCGAUCCAGAUACCGAUUCAGAGCUAAUGUAUUCCGAAACCUUGGGCAGCACAAUGUUCAUGAUCGGAGGCAUCGCAGGACUCAUCGCCAUCGUUUCACCCUUUCAAGUCAUUCCGAAAGACUUCAUGCGAGAUGCUGUCUUUUUAGUCAUCAGCGUGGCACUUGUUCAAGGCCUGAUCGCUGACGAGCAUUACAGUUGGUUGGAUGCGAUUUUAACAAUUGGAUUAUACGUCAUUUACUUGGCUUACGUUUUCAUCGAAUAUCAUUUCGAGAAAAAACGCGUGAAAAAGCAAAUUGGACAAAUUAGCCUUACAGAAGUGAUGCCUUAUAUGCACUUAACCUCAAUUCGACCCGAAAUUCAAGCGCAAAUGAGACGAAUCGAGGAAUUGUUGCAAUUUCAGUUGGUUGACAAGGACAAUGAAGUAAUUGACAUUAAUGCGACGCGACAACAGUCGAUAUUGCCUCAAGGAAGUAUGAGACGAAGAGAUGCUAAUUAUCGACUUUUUCAAUUUGCGUUCGAAGAAUUGAACCCAAAGCGUGAAUUUCAAGCGAAACCUUUGUGGAAACUUCCGUUUGAGAUUUUUCAAGCAAUUUUAUUGUUUGUACUUCGAUUUGUUCUUCCGAUUUUCGAUUAUACCGCUGAUCGUCAUGGAUGGAAUAAACUUUUGAACAUCAUUCAUAUCUUUACUCUUCCAAUUGUGACUCUCGAAAUUACUAUGGUGUCUGAUGAAACAUUUUUUGACAUCUCGAUACUUAUUUAUUCACUUUCCAUAUCUCUUGGGUUAGCAAGUGUCGUUUUUGUAACCUCAAGAACUGAUCGCCCGCCUCGUUAUCAUUUUUUCUUCGCUUUUCUCAACUUUUUCGGAUGUAAUUUGAUCAUUUUUGCUGCUUCUUCAGAACUUGCAAGUGUUUUGAACACUUUGGGACUCGUUUUUAACUGCACAGCGUCGAUAAUUGGAGUAACAGUACUUGCCAUAGGGAAUAGCGUGAGUGAUGUAUUGGCUAAUGUAACGUUAGCGAGACAAGGACAUCAAAGAAUGGCAUUUGCAGCUUGUUUUGGAGGAUCAAUUUUCAAUAUUUUGUUCACAAUUGGAUUCACUUUCCUCAGUAAAGCCUUUGAAAGUCCCGAUUAUAAUCCUUAUGCUCGUCGAGGUCCUCUUGGCUUAAAUUGCAUAAUUUACAUCAUCCUAACAAUAAUUUUCCUCUUUCUCCUACUUUCUGUGAGCCAAUUUCAAGUGAGACGCACCUUCGGAUACAUGUUAGUUGUUAUUUAUGUCAUUUUUAUCUCUCAAUGCAUUUUGAGUGAAAUGGAAUUUAUUCACUCUUACGGUACUGACCAUCAUAACGAAGAAAUUUUCGAUUAA